AUGCCUCCUGUUAACCCAGUGAUCGUCUCAGCCGGCUUCAUCGCCAUUUCCGUGGCCGUCGUCACCGCCAUCGCCGUCUAUGAAUCCCCCGAAGUCCGCCGCAUGGCUGACGACCUCCGUCGCCGUAUUGCCGUUGCCAUGCAGUCCCUCAACGACACCGUGAACGGCGAGGACACCGACGAACGGACCAGAAACAGACAACACGAAGGCGAGCCUGUCUUCAACCGCCCCGAGGACGCCGAGGGCUUCAUGCUCUCGCAAGGCCGCCGCGCGGCCGGAGACCCGGGCGUCGUGGCCGACGAGGAGUCCCGCCGCCGCCAGCGCGAGGAGCUCCUGUACUGGAACCGCAUGCAGAUGGAACGCAAGAAGGAGGAGGAACGCAAGGCCAGAGAGGCGGCCCGUACACAGGCACCGACGGGCGAGUCGCCGUCCUCGGCGCUGGAAAGCCUGCAGAGAGCCACCCGGGACGCAGCCGCAGCGGCCGGUAUUUACUUGCCGUCGCUGGGUGGACCCCAGGCCCAGCCUCGCAGCAAGACGUCGUUUGACCAGUUUAUGCGCCCGGACCACAACGCCGACCGCGGUACCUUUGUCGUCAACACGGGCGCCGAUCUGAUGCGGAUGAGUGACUCGCAGCUGUCGUCGGCCGAGGACCCCUUCAGCAGCGGUAUGCUCCGUCGCCGGCGGCCCGAGGGCGUGCGUGGUCUUCACACGGCUGCGCUGUACGCCAACCCGUUCGGCGACGAGUACGGCAUUGAGAUGGACGAGCACGACGACGACCAUAGCGUCCGCAACGAGCGCCGCCACACGGCCGACCCGACGGCCGCCGAGGCGUACAACGCGGGCACUGCCUACCUGAUUGCACCCGACCGGGACGAGACCAUGUCCGACAUCUACAGCGCGACGGAACCCGACACCAGCACGAACCACAUGGACGCCGUGUUCGAUCCUCUGCCGGCGAUCCCCGAGGCCCGGCAGACCACCCGCUCCGAGGUCUUCUUUGACGUCGACGACUACGCCGACGAGGCCAAGGCCGAGGCGUCACCCACCACGCUCGCCGCUGCCGAAAUCGACUCCCAGCUGUCUCUGCGGCUGUUCCGCAAGCCCGAGGACAAUGCCAUCGACGACACGGUUGUUCUGCCAGGCCAAGACACCCAGGAGGCCAACCAGGAGGCCAACCAGGUCAACACCGAGGCCUACAACUCCAUCCAGGCCUGGGCCCAAAACUCCAGCAGCCUGCCCGGCUUCUACUCGCCGCUGCCCGUCACACCCUCGGUCGGCAUGUCCGAGCCGUCCAUUAUUAGCGGCGGCGAGAUGACGCCCACCGGGUCCGUGUCUGUGUGGGGCGACGACCACUCGGUCGUUGACCAUGCCGAUGCGCAGACGGACAGUGUUCCGGAGCUUGUCCCGGUGGCAGCAGCACAGAUCGCGGCGGCACCGUCCGUGCCCUCGACCACACCGUCCUCGUCUUCCGCCGUGUCCGUCGCCGAUGCCGGCGCCUCCGACUACGGCGUGCUCAGCGAAGCCGACGACAACAGCGACAACGGCGAGAACGGCGAGAACGGCGAGAACGAGAGCGAGAGCGAGGGUGUCCUGACGCCGACGAGCUGGUCCGAGGUGGGCAGCGUCGUGAGCGAGAGCGAUGCAGGUGUGCACGCCGUGCAGGCAUAA